AUGUUCUCGAUGCAACAGUUCCCUGCCCUGCCUCCGGAAGAAGAGCGUUACCGCCAGGUCCUCUCCACUGACCGGGUCUUAGGAACAGAUGAAGAUAAUAUGGGGGAUGGUUGCUCUCAGAAGCUGGCUUCUGCCAAAUACCUUCGACUUUUGCUACUAAUACUGAUUCCAUGCAUCUGUGCUCUCAUCCUCCUAUUGGUGUUCCUGCUUACCUUUGUAGGUAUAUUAGAAAAAACAUGUUUUUAUUCAAAUGGGAGUGACCUUCUAGCUGCUGGUGGCAACAUUCGAACAUCUGACAUUCCUUUUCCAAAUAUUGUUGAAAAUGGUUCGGAUGUGGUUCCCACAGUGGAUCUCAAAGUGCUGCCAUCAUCCUGGACCCAAAGCCCUUUAUCCCAUGUUGACCAAAUGCAUGAAAACUUAAGCAUGUUUAGGCAGGCCUUACAGGAAGAUUCCUUGGCUCCUAUUACACCAGCCCCACCAUUCAACCCCACUACUACAGAUGUUGGUAUUUUGACCAGAGCCCCUGAAGACCAUACGUGGUCAUUUGCCACUACAGAGGAGAAAACUCGUUGGUCCACAGACACAUCCAUCAAGAUCACAGACAGGAUAUCCUCUCUACCUACGUUAAGUUCUAUCCAUCCAGCUGCUGUACAAGAAAUGAAUCUGAAAAAAAGUGCCUGCAUAAAUAUCACGUACAGCCAGUGCCAAAUGCUGCCAUAUAACCACACCACUCUAACAUCAGUUCUUUCCAUUGUCAAAAGCAUUGAAAUGGAAAAGUUCCUCAAGUUCUUCAGUUAUCUCAACCGCCUCAGCUGUUAUCAACACAUCAUGCUGUUCGGCUGUAGCCUUGCUCUUCCUGAGUGCAUCAGUGAUGGUGAUGACAGUCGAGGACUCCUGCCCUGUAGAUCAUUUUGUGAGGCAGCAAAGGAAGGUUGUGAACCAGUUCUGGGGAUGGUGAAUUCUUCGUGGCCUGAGUUCCUCAGAUGCUCCCAGUUCCAAAACAGAACUGAAAAUGACAACACCACGAGGGUCUGCUUCUCGCCAUGGCAAGAGAGAGGAAAACAACUGCUGUGCGGAGGAGAUGAGAGCUUCUUAUGUGCCAGUGGAAUCUGCAUCCCCGGGAAACUGCAAUGUAAUGGCUACAAUGACUGUGAUGACUGGAGCGAUGAGGCACAUUGCAACUGCAGUGAUGAUGUGUUCCGCUGUACUACCGGGAAAUGCCUCAAUUACACCUUUGUUUGUGAUGGAUAUGAUGAUUGUGGAGACCUGAGUGAUGAACAAAACUGUGAUUGCAAUCCAUUGAAGCAACAUCGAUGUGGAGAUGGAAGAUGUAUAACGGUAGACUGGGUAUGUGAUGGUGACCAUGAUUGUAUAGACAAGUCAGAUGAAGUCAAUUGCUCAUGUUACAGUCAGGGUCUGGUGGAGUGCAGAAAUGGACAGUGCAUUCCCAGUGCUUUCCAGUGUGAUGGGGAUAACGACUGUAAAGAUGGAAGUGAUGAAGAUAAUUGCAGUGAAAAUAAGGGUCAAACACUAUGUCAGGAAGGGGACCAGAGAUGUAUUGAUGCUUCCUGCCCUGAUUCUUGUGGCACCUCUUCUCUCUGCGACAUGAACAAUAGCCAGACAAACUGUAGUCAGUGUGAACCAAUUACUCUGGAACUCUGCAUGAACCUGCCUUACAACUAUACUAACUACCCAAACUACUUGGGCCAUAGGACUCAGAAGGAAGCCUCCAUCAGCUGGGAAUCUUCCCUUUUUCCAGCCUUGGUUCAGACUAACUGCUACAAGUACCUUAUGUUUUUUGCCUGUACAAUCUUGGUGCCAAAAUGUGACCCUCAAACGAAUCAGCGAAUCCCACCCUGCAGGACGCUGUGUGAGCAUUCCAAAGAACGCUGUGAAUCUGUGCUUGGAAUUGUGGGCCUGCAGUGGCCAGAAGACACAGACUGCACUCAGUUCCCAGAAGAAAACUCAGACAACCGAACCUGCCUAACACCCGAUGAGGAUGUGGAAGAGUGCUCACCCAGUCACUUCAAGUGCCGUUCUGGAAGGUGUGUCUUGGCCGCCAGAAGAUGUGAUGGCCAGGCUGACUGUGAAGAUGAUAGUGACGAGGACAACUGUGGUUGUAGAGAAAGGGGUCUUUGGGAAUGUCCAUCGAACAAGCUGUGUAUCCAGCACGCCAUGAUCUGUGACGGCUUUCCAGAUUGUCCUGACAAGGUGGAUGAAAAGAACUGCUCAUUUUGCAAGGCGGAUGAGCUUGAAUGUGCCAGUCAUGAUUGUGUGCCAAGUGAGCUGUGGUGCGAUGGGCAGCUAGACUGCAUGGACAACUCAGAUGAAUGGAACUGUGUGACCCUAUCUAAAAACGCAAGCUCUUUGGCAUUCCUGACUAUUCACAGGUCAGCUACUGACUACCAUGUUUGUGCUGAUGAGUGGCAAGAAAAGUUAAGCCAACUGGCCUGCAAUCAAAUGGGUUUAGGGGGGCCGUCUGCAACAAAAAUUGUACAAGAAAAUGAGCAACUACACCAUCAAAAGUGGCUGAAUCUGCACUCUGACUGGAAGAAUAAAAAUGCAUCCACGUUACCUGCCCUUCUAGUGAAAGGGCAGUCAUGUCAAAGCAGAAGUAAAGUGUCCCUUCUCUGUAGCAAAAAAGAUUGUGGCCGUCGCCCUGCAGCUCGCAUGAGCAAGAGGAUCCUUGGCGGCAGGACUAGUCGUCCAGGACGGUGGCCGUGGCAGUGCUCUCUGCAGAGUGAACCAAGUGGGCACAUAUGUGGCUGUGUUUUGAUUGCAAACAAAUGGGUUUUGACGGUAGCACACUGCUUUGAGGGGGAGACAAACACUAGUCAACAGAAUUUCCUCUUAAUGCUGUUUAUCGGUUGCUGGACUCUUUGGUGUGGACCAGGCCUUUCUAUAGUUUUGGAAGAACUUCUUUGGAGAGAAAAUGCUGCAGUCUGGAAAGUGGUGUUUGGUAUAAACAAUCUGGAUCAUCCAUCAAUCUUCAUGCAGACCCGACUGGUGAAGACUAUUAUCUUGCAUCCACGCUAUAACAGAGCAGUAGUUGACUAUGAUAUCAGCAUUGUAGAACUAAAUGAAGAUAUCAACGAGACAAGUUAUGUAAGGCCAGUCUGCUUACCCAGCAGGGAGCAGUUGGUUGAGCCAGAUACCUACUGCUACAUCACAGGCUGGGGACACAUGGGCAACAAAAAUUUUUUUUCAGUGCCUUUUAAACUUCAAGAAGGAGAAGUUCGUAUUAUUUCCCUAGAACAAUGCCAGUCAUACUUUGACAUGAAGACCAUCACCAGCAGGAUGUUAUGUGCAGGGUAUGAGUCCGGAACUGUGGACUCUUGCAUGGGCGACAGUGGAGGACCUCUCGUUUGUGAGCAGCCUGCAGGACGCUGGACAUUGUUUGGUUUAACCUCAUGGGGCUCCGUCUGCUUUUCCAAAGUUUUGGGACCUGGAGUUUAUAGCAACGUGUCACACUUCAUUGAAUGGAUUGAAAGACAAAUAUACAUUCACACCUUUCUACUAAACUAA